CGUGUCCAGUCCCUUUGUCAAGAUGAGAGCAUCGCUACCAACGGGCACCCUCCAGUCGUGGACGGGGAUGAGACGCCGACGCGAAUGGCCAUUGUCGGCAUGGCAUGUCGUCUCCCUGGUCAGGUAACAAGCCCAGAAGACUUUUGGAAACUUUGUUCGCGAGGACGAAGCGCGUGGUCAGAGGUACCUCGCUCUCGGUUCAACCACGCAGGUUUUCACCACCCAGAUCCUCAGCGCCCCGGGACGCUGAAUCCGCAGGGUGGUCACUUCCUGGACGAGGAUCUAGGACGGUUCGAUGCGCCAUUCUUCAGCAUAACCCUUCAAGAAGCGCGCUCGCUCGAUCCCCAACAGCGGCUAUUGCUCGAAUGUACAUACGAGGCUUUGGAGAAUGCGGGCAUUCCCAAGCAGUCCCUGGCCGGGUGUAAUGUCGGAGUCUUUGCGGGAGCAUCAUUUGCCGACUACGAAUUGAGAAAUAUGAGGGAUCCCGAGACCAUUCCCAUGCAUGAAGCGACGGGUAAUGCAGUGUCGCUGCAGGCAAAUCGCAUUUCGUACUAUUUCGACCUCAACGGACCCAGUCUCACAGUUGACACGGCCUGCUCUUCAAGCCUGACGGCAGUGCAUCUGGCCUGUCAAAGUCUGCGAGCCGGAGAAUGCUCUGUUGCCAUUGUAGCCGGUGCUCAUCUCAAUAUAACUCCCGAGGCGUUUAUUUCCAUGUCCUCUGCAGGCGUGUUCUCGGAUAGUGGGCGGUCCUAUGCGUUUGACCACAGGGCGAGCGGUUUUGGUCGUGGGGAAGGUGUUGGAUGUAUCAUCCUGAAGCCGUUGGACGCCGCUCUAUCCGCUGGCGAUUCUGUGAGAGCAGUCAUUGCUGGCUCUGGGAUAAACCAAGAUGGGCGCACAAGGGGAAUUACACUACCAAAUAGCGCUGCCCAGGAAUCCCUCAUCCGCUCAGUCUACAAAAACGCGCAUAUCGAUCCGUCUGAUACCGGUUACGUUGAAGCCCACGGAACGGGUACGCGGGCAGGUGAUCCAUUAGAAGCUUCUGCCUUGCAUGCUGUGUUUGGGAAGGGACGUACACCGAAAGAACCGUUGUUUGUGGGGUCGGUCAAAACAAACGUCGGUCAUACUGAAGGGGCAAGUGGUGUGAUCUCGGUCAUCAAGACGGCGAUGAUGCUGGAAAAGGGUUUCGUUCUUCCGAACUGUGGGUUUCAGAAAGCUAAUGACGAGAUUCCGGUUGACAAAUGGAACAUAAAGAUUCCCAAGAAACUGGUCCCCUGGCCUCGCGGGAAAAGAUAUGCCAGCAUCAACAACUUCGGUUUCGGUGGAGCCAACGCUCAUGUGGUGUUGGAGCAAUUUUCGUCCCUGCACGACGGUGGCGUCAACGAUAAGUCUCCAGCUCUCAAGCGAAAGAUAAUCACCCUUUCCGGCCACGACGAGAACGCGGUGAAACAGCAAGUUCAGAAACUGGGCUUUUAUUUGGAACAGAAUCCGGCUGUAUUCCAAGAGAGCGUGUUCAAUGACCUCGCAUUCACGCUGGCGCAGCGGCGCACUGUUUUCCCAUGGCGCUUGGCCAUUGCAGGCUGCUCCACGAUCGAAAUAGGGCAGCAACUGUCCGCCGAGCCGGCGCCUUCACGUGCUCAAGGCUUGCCAACUAUUGGGUUCGUUUUCACUGGACAGGGAGCCCAGUGGUUCGCGAUGGGCAGAGAGCUGCUUCCUGCGUACCCAGUUUUUCGACGGACCAUGAAGGCUGUAGACAACUGCCUAUCCUCUCUCGAGGCAAGGUUUUCGAUUAUUGAUAUGAUCGAAUAUGGUGAUGCGGCGUCAAGUUCGAUAUCCAAGGCGUAUAUAAGCCAGCCUGCAUGCACAGCUAUUCAGCUAGCCUUGACCGAUUUGUUACGCUCCUGGGGGGUCUUUCCCAGUGCCGUCACCGGCCAUUCCAGUGGUGAGAUUGCUGCAGCAUAUGCGGCUGGCAUUCUCACUCUGGAGGAAUGUGUUCGGGUCGCCUACGCGCGUGGUGCGGCAGCAGCCCUGCUGACGAAGGAUACGAGCAACGGGAAAGGAUUGAUGAUGGCCGUUGGAACAAGCUGUGCAGCUGUUCAGCCGUACAUCGAUAGGGUCCGCGGUCAUCGAGCUGUGGUCGCUUGUAUCAACAGUGAAUCGAGCGUGACUGUAUCUGGAGAUGCAGGAGCCAUAUCCGAGCUACAAUCGACGCUGGACAAAGAAGGCAUCUUUGCGCGGAAACUGCAGGUCGAUGUUGCCUAUCAUUCACAUCAUAUGCAGCGCGUUGCAAAGCAAUAUCGCCAAUUGAUUGGAGAAAUUGAACCCCAGGGAUCGUCUGUUCCUUUCCAUUCCACUGUCCGUGGUUGUACUAUUCCGCCGUGCGAUUUGAACGCUACCUACUGGGUUGACAAUCUCGUCUCGCGUGUCGAGUUUGUAAAGGGUGUUCGGAGCCUCCUAGGGCAGAAGGUCUCCGCCGGGGAGACAGAACGACCCAUUAGUACAGUGAUCGAAAUUGGACCCCAUUGCACGCUCCAGACACCGAUAAAACAGAUCAUUGAGCACCAUUUCUCCAACGCAAAGAUCGAUUACUUUCCCAGUUUGAAGCGGAAGGUCGAUGCGGUUGAGGCAAUGCAGCAGCUUGCGAUAGGGCUGUGGACGCGAGGCUUGCCACUGGACUUCGAGAGUAUCAACUUCCCCGACUUACGGACAAAGGCAGCGGUAUUGACCAACCUAUCCCCAUACCCGUGGAACCACUCGGAAAGUUACUGGCAUCCAGCUCGCCUAUCCGACAACGUCUAUCAGACGCCAUUCCCUCGGAAUGAUAUUCUCGGUUCUCUAACCAUGGAAAAUAUCGAUCUCGAACCACGGUGGCGGAACGUUAUAUCUGCCGACGCUCAGCCCUGGAUAAGACAACACCGGAUCCACAACAAUAGUGUGUACCCCAUGGCAGGCUUUUUGGCGAUGGCCGUUGAAGCUGUUGCACAGCAAGCUGCGCUCCAUCAAGUCGCCCUUAACCGUAUUGAGAUGCGCGAGGUGUCUGUCGGCCGAGCGCUGACAGUCCCCGAGUCUUCCUCUGUUGAGACAAUGCUAUCAAUGAGGCCAUGCACCGGAAACUCCCCGAAAAUGUGGCACGAAUUCCGAAUCUUUUCUUGGUCGGAAAAUCGUGGAUGGGAAGAACACUGCCAUGGGUUUAUUAUCGGACUAGAGAACAAAGAGCCUAACCCGGUCGACGGCCAUCGGCAACAGUCUUCGAAGGUGCUGGAUGCGGUUCACCAGGCAGCAUCAAUGCGAGCAGCAUGUACGACCGCCGUGGACAGUCAUUCGCUCUAUCACAACGUUGCUCAAUGCGGUGCGCUCUACGGACCGCUGUUUCGGGGACUCACUGAUAUCGCUGUCAGCAACGGUCACGAAGCAAUGGCUAAACUGGCAGUCCCGGAUACCAAGUUAUGCAUGCCCAAGGAGCAUCAAACAUCCUCCAUUGUGCAUCCCACUCUUCUAGACAUGUGUAUUCAGCUUAUAUGGGUGCUUUUCGGAUGCUACAAGCCCGGGUCGAAAACAACCCAUUUGCCAUUGUUCGUGAAGCACAUUGCCAUCUCUCCAUCUCAUGGCCUGCAACCUGGCAGCGAAUUGCAACUGUAUGGAAAUCGGAUUAACGCUAUAUCCACGCGUCACCCACUCAGUCACCGUAUCUUUGCGACCAGCCCAGGAGACCCGGCGAAUUCCGUCAUUGAAAUCGACGGUUGUGUCACGAUUCCUCUGCCCCACGAUGACGGCGGUGUAUCGGAAGCCAGACCCCUCUGUUACAGAGAGCAUUUUGAACCCUGUUUUGACUUUCUGUCGGAGGCGGAUUCAGACCUUCUCAAGGGCCCUGACUCGGGUGACGGUCCAGGUGCCCAACGGACUCGUCUUCUGGAUGAAGCUUCACAUGUGUAUCUCCAACGUGCUGUGAAGAGCAUCAGUAAGAAUGAGAUACUUUCAUUUAAGCCACACCUCCAACGCGUGUUCCGCUGGGCCCAGAAGCUGUGCAAUGCGACCACAUUUGACACCAGUCUAUGUGCACAACAUGGAGACCAGGAGAGACUAAUCCAAAAAGUUCGGACUAUGAAUGCGGUUGGUGAGCUGACUUGCAAGCUCGGGGAACGCCUUCCUGAGGUGCUCCGAGGCAAUUUCGACCCAUUGGCCGUCAUGAUGGAGGACGAUUUACUCAGCCGACAUUACGAAGAUAACGACCACCUGCUUCAGAACUAUGCUCGAGCGACCAAGUGUAUCGACGCAAUGGCUCACCAGAACCCACAUCUCAAAUUCCUCGAAGUCGGUGCAGGGACCGGAGGUGCCACAUUGCCCAUUCUGCGGACCCUGGGAGGGGAGGCCGGAUCGACACCGCGAUUCAGCCAUUUCACUUAUACCGACAUAUCCCCCGGCUUUUUCGAAAAGGCGAAGGACAAGUUUCAGGCCUGGGGCCCGUUGAUGUCGUAUCAGACUCUAGACGUCUCUUCGGAUCCGGUCCCACAGGGCUUCGAGCCGCACUCAUACGACGUGGUUAUCGCGUGCAAUGUCUUACAUGCAACUCCGCUCAUUCGACGCACCGUGGCGAAUAUCAGACGUUUGCUCAAGCCCGGCGGAAAGCUGUUGCUAAUUGAAGAAACCCGGCUAAAGUCCAGCCACUUCAUAUAUGCACUCCUUCCAGGCUGGUGGCUGAGUGAGGAUCCGGACCGCAAGAACGGACCUCUGUUGGAACCAGGCCUAUGGCAACGCGUGCUCAAGGGAAAUGCCUUCUCCGGUAUCGACGUCGGUAUUGAUGACUAUCCUGGAGCACCACAACGAGCAUGCACUCUCAUGGUCUCAACCGCCACAGAUACCCGAAUCCGGCCGUCUUCGAACAAUAUCAUUGUCAUGAACACAGGAUUCCUCAUUCCAAGCCUCUGUCGUGCACUCCAGCAAAAGCUGAAGGAUCUCACUGGGGGAGUCGUGAAUACGAGGGAUUUCACGACUGAUCCGACAGGCAAGUUGUGUAUUUUCGUUGACGAUCCAGACACUCCACUGUUACCUUCUCUUACCAAGGAGAAUUUCCAGGCGCUUCAAAAGAUGCUGGCUCGCUCCAGUGGGGUUCUGUGGGUUAUCCAAAAGGGCAACACUGGCCCAGAGUCGCUUGGUGCACACUUGGCCGUUGGGCUAGCUAGAACGGUGCGAUCGGAGACAAGUCUUCCAUUCGCUACACUGGAUGUCGGCGUUAAGGGCAGUCUUUCAGAGAGUCAAGUCGCGGGCAGAAUACGGGAUGUUUUCAACGACGUUUUCUGCAACUCGUCCGUUCUUCGCCACGGGGAUAUGGAUUAUGUCGUCCAGCAGGGACGAAUCUGCGUUUCUCGAGUUGUGGACGACGCGGAAUUGAAUGAACACCUUUUCCAGGACACGGAGCAUGCGCCACCCCAGCAUCAGGCACUCUGGCAGCCAUCCAGGCCCUUGAAAAUGGUUCCUGCAGGCGAUGGUGCCCUGGCCGAUUGCUUCUUCACGGACCAUGAGGCCGUUCGCUCGCCCCUACCGGACGACCUGGUCGAGAUUCAGGUCCAAUAUGUCGGCCUCAACUUCCGCGAUGUCCUAGUCGCUAUGUCGCAGAUCCAAGGAGGACAGCUUGGCCAAGAGUGCAGCGGUAUUAUCACGGCCGUUGGGGCUGCUGUUGACGAUUUCCGUGUGGGUGACCGCGUAUGUUCGACGGCUCCGGGGUCGCUCGCGAGUCACAUACGAAGCCCAGCGUCGAGCGUGUGGAGAGUGCCGAACACAAUGAACCUCGAACUUGCUGCAUCCGCUCCCUUGGUGUUUGCGACUGCGUAUUAUUCUCUCGUCGACAUUGGCAGGCUCACUCCGGGAGAGUCUGUUCUCAUCCAUGCCGCCGCGGGAGGUGUUGGACAAGCCGCUAUCAUGAUAGCCCAGGAAGUCGGAGCCAAGGUCUUCGCAACAGUCAGCAGUGAGCACAAGAAGCGCUUUCUAAUGGAUACCUACCAGCUCGCAGAAGAUCAAAUAUUUUUCAGUCGAGACACGUCGUUCGCAACCGGAAUUUACAAGGCCACGGGUGGACAGGGGGUCGACGUGGCAUUGAACUCGUUGACUGGCGACGCCUUGCGGGCAACUUUUGAAUGUUUGGCUCCAUUUGGACGCUUCGUGGAGUUAGGGAAACGCGACAUUAUCCAGAAUUCCCGAUUAGAGAUGGUCCACUUUGACAAAAAUGUGUCUUUCUCCUCGGUAGAUUUGUCCCUGAUCAUCCGAACACGUCCUGCGUUGUCAAAGCGGUUGCUUGGUGAAUCAUUCCGCUUCUUUAACAAGCCUGAAACACAGGCACGAUGGUCGAUAACCAGUUUCUCCAUUGCCGAGCUCGAGUCCGCAUUCCGGGCUUUACAGGGAGGUCGCACCACGGGGAAGAUCGUUAUUCAAAUGGGAAAGGAUGCAAUGGUUAAGGUUCACCCAGCACGCAGACCGGAAGAUAUCCUCUCUCGUGAUGCUUCGUACAUUGUGACCGGUGGCACAAGAGGAAUUGGACUCGACAUCGCCCGAUGGUUGCCGGAAAAGGGUGCACGGCAUCUGAUCCUCAUAUCCCGGAGUGGUACGGCAAGCGAGGAGUCCCAACAAGCACUGCGGACGCUCGAAGCAGAGGGCGUGAAAGUGGAAGUGUGUCGCUGCGACGUUGGCGAUUCGGCCGAUUUAGCGCAAGCGUUGGUACCAGUACUGAAGCGAAUGCCUCCGGCACACGGUGUUGUUUACGGUGCCAUGGUCCUCCGGGAUAUGUUAUUUGAGAAGAUGAGUCUCGAGGACUACAAUGCGGUAAUUCGGCCUCGGAUGCACGGUAUUCUGAACCUUCAACGGAUCUUGCAACGCCAGAGAGAGUCCAAGCUGGACUUCUUUAUCAAUCUUUCGUCGCUCUCCAGUGUUGUCGGUACGAUGGGACAAGCUGCAUACACCUCCAGCGGUACCUUUAUGGCCGCUAUGGCCCAGUAUCCUUCACUCGCUGGGGUUCCCUGCCGGACCAUCGAUCUGCCCAUGGUGCGAGAUGUUGGAUACCUGGCUGCGGACCAGAAGCGACAAGAGGACGCCAGUCACCAGCUUGGAAGUGUUUCUAUCGAUGCUUCAGAUAUUCGCGCGGUUCUUGCAGCCGCAAUGCGGAACGAGAUGGAACACUCCGCCAACAAUCAUUGCCUGCUCGGUCUGAAUGGUGUCAAAACCACGCCCGUCAAGGAGCUACCGUUCUGGGCGCAAGAUCCGAAGCUAUCGCAUUUGCUUCGCUCGUCCAUUCUGUCGGAGAUUGAUUCGACCCAGACUCAGCAGUUCGAUACCAAAGUGUCACCAGCAUCUGCUGUACGACAUGCUUCCAGUUAUUCCAGUGCUGAAUCGUUAGUGGUCGAUGCUGUGGUGCAUAAGAUCGCCAGUACCCUGAUGCGUCCGGUGGAUGAGGUUGAUCCCUCUGCGCACAUUUCCGGCUACGGCCUGGACUCGCUGGUGGCAAUUGAGAUCCGUAAUUGGAUUACACGAGAGCUGGAAGCCAACUUGCAGAUUCUAGAGAUCCUCACGAGCGAUUCCGUGUAUGCCUUGGCUCGGACCAUUUUGGGUAAAAGCACUCUUGUCUCUCCAAAUGUACGCACGGCGUGGAAUUCCGAGAUGUCGAAGACUGCUUAGUUGAUUUUCCUUUCGUUUAUAUCAUAUAUCCCUUGUUGCCCUGUCUUUAAUCCCGGCCAACCUAUUGUACCUAAUUAGAAUAAUGAACAAAAGCCACUUGAGGCAA